AUGUUUUGUCACAGUUUUUCUUUUGUCUUUCCCUACUUUCUUUCUUUCUUUUUUCUCCUACCCUUCGUUCUUUCUUUUUUUCGUUUUUCAUCCGUUUUGAUUACGAUAUCUUUCCUUCUCAUACCAUCACUUUUUUGUCUUUUCUUUCUUUCUUUCUUUCUAUGCUCUCUUUCAUUCUUUAUUGUUGUUCUUUCUUUCUUUCUUUCUUUCUUUCUUUCUUUCUUUCUUUCUUUCUUUGCGGACAGUCCGUUUUCCACCUUUGCUCUUAACACUCUCUUAGACCCAAUUAGUUCAGAUUUUAUAGAAUUGAAAACGAAAAUAUUUUCCUCUUCUUUCUUUUUUUUUCGUUUUUCAUCCAUUUUGAUUAUUAUAUCUUUCCUUCUCAUACCAUCACGUUUUGUGUUACUUGAAUUUUGCCCUUUAUGUCUCUUCUUUUCUUUCUUUCUUUCUUUCUUUCUUUCUUUCUUUCUGUCUUUCUUUCUUUCUUUCUUUCUACACGUUAUCCUUGCUUCUUUCUUUCUUAUUCCAUUUUCCAUCCUUUCUAGGGGUCUAGUUUUGUUCUAUUUUAUGUUAAUUUUCUUUCUUUCUCUUCUUUCUUUCUGUCUCCUUUUUCUUUCUUUCCUUCUUUCUAUUCUCUCUUUCUUUCUUUCUUUCUCUUCUCUAUCUCUUUCUUUCUUUAUUUCUUUCUUUCUUAUAGUUCCUUCUUUCUCUCCCUCCUCUUUUUCUUUCUUUCUUUAUUUCUUUCUUUCUUUCUUUCUUUCUUUCUUUCUUUCUUUCUUUCUUUCUAGCUUCUUGUCUAUAUUUCUGUCUUUCUUUUUCUUCUUUAUUUCUUUCUGUCUUUCCUUUUUCUUUCCUGUUUUUUAUUUAAUGAUUGGUUUCUUCCUCAUCUUUCUUUCUUUUUUCUUUCUUUCUUCCUCGUCUUUCUUUCUUUCUCUUCGCCCUUUCUUUCUGCACUUCUUUAUUUCUUUCUCUACUUUCUUUCUUUCUUUCAUACGUAUUCCUUCUAAUCUUUUCAUGCGUCUUGCUUUCCUUUUUCCCUUUUUAUUUCGUUUAUCCUCAUUUCUGUUUUCUUUCUUUCUUUUCUCUCUCUCUCUCUUUCUUUCCUUUUCUUCUCUCUUUCUUUUUUUCUUUCUUACUUUUCUCUCCCUCUUUCUUUCUUUCUUUCUUUCUUUCUAUAUUUCUUUCUUAGGGCUGGUCGAUUCUUUCUUUUUCUUUUCUCUAUUUCUUUCUUUCUUCUUCGUCUUUCUUUCUUUUUUCUUUCUUUUUUCCUCCUCUUUCUUUCUUUCUUUCUCUUCUCGCUUUCUUUCUUUUUUCCUUCUCUUUCUUUCUCUUCUUUCUUUUUUUUUUCUUUAUUUCUGUCUCUUCUUUCUUUCUUUGUUCAUUCGUAUUCAAUCUAAUCGUUCUUCAUGCGUCUUUCCUUCCCUUUUUCUUUUUUAUUCCGUUAAUCGUCCUUUCCGCUUUCUUUCUUUCUUUCUUUCUUUCUUUCUUUCUUUCUUUCUUUCUUUCUUUCUAGUCCUUUGUCCACCCUUGUUCUUAACACUCUCUUAA